AAGCGCACGUGCGAGCUGCAUGCCUGUACAGUUCCAUCAGCGCACUUUGAACCUUAUUCUAGCUCUUGCCUCUCCAUUUUGCUGACAUAAUCAGUAUCGAAUUCUCGCCGCCUACCGACCCGUCCGCCUUCACUGUUGACCAUACUCCUGCCAUGGCCCCCAAAGCCGAUCCAAGUGAGAUUAAGAUCAUCUACCUGAGGGCGACCGGUGGUGAGGUCGGUGCCUCCUCCGCGCUUGCCCCCAAAAUCGGUCCUCUGGGUCUCUCACCCAAGAAGGUGGGUGAAGAUAUCGCAAAGGCAACCGGCGCAUGGAAGGGUCUCCGCGUCACUGUCCAACUCACCAUUCAAAACCGUCAAGCCAAGGUUGACGUCGUCCCCUCUGCCUCUUCUCUUGUCAUCAAGGCCCUGAAGGAGCCCCCACGCGACCGCAAGAAGGAGAAGAACAUAAAGCACAGUGGCAAUAUCACUCUUGAUGAGGUCUUCGACAUUGCGCGUACAAUGCGGUCAAAGUCGCUUGCCAAGAACCUCGCCAACGGUGCUAAGGAGAUCCUCGGCACAGCACAGUCCAUCGGCUGCACAGUCGAUGGCCAGCCUCCCCACGACGUUAUCGACGCCAUCAGUGCUGGCGAGAUCGAGGUACCAGAUGAGUAAACGGCGGGCGACGGCAUUUGGACUGGGCUGCUUUCGUUUGUCGUAUCUCAUACUCACUCUGCAUUACCUUGGCACUAUCUACCAUGACCAUCGUUGCGUUGUAAGACUAGGAAGCUGCGUAUCGACUCAUUAGCAAGUUACGACGACCGGAGAAGGACUCUGCGCCAACGACUCUACAUCGAAUCCUGCACCAUCCGACAGAUGACGAAGAGUAUCUGGCGUUCUACUGUUCUUCAGGCUGAUAUUGGAUAUCAUUAUUCUGCUUGCUACAUUCAGACGUUCUUGUUCAUUGAAAAUUCUGUUCCGCGUUCAGUACGAUCCACUAUUGCAUCUAAUGCUACUAAACGUGCAACUCUGUGCUAGCCGCCUUCCACAGUUGCCGGUG